AAUUAAGUGCACGUUUUGAUUCGCUGUUAUAUGGGGAAACAUCUAAUUUAAGUUUUAUUUUGGGGGGGCGACUAAGUAAACAUAAAAUUUUUAAUACAAAUAAGAUUUUGUUUAUCUGUUUACUAGGUUCAGUAUCCUAAUUGAAUGAUCGAGUUACCCGGUCAGGGCCGCGUCAAUCAACUCGGCGGUGUCUUCAUCAACGGUCGACCGCUACCGAAUCAUAUACGUUUGAAAAUUGUCGAAAUGGCCGCUAAUGGCAUAAGACCUUGUGUGAUCUCACGUCAGCUACGCGUCUCGCAUGGUUGUGUAUCGAAAAUACUAAAUCGUUACCAGGAAACCGGUUCAAUACGACCGGGUGUGAUAGGCGGUUCGAAACCGAAAGUUACAUCGCCGGAAAUCGAAGCGCGCAUUGAGGAGUUGCGCAAGGCCAAUCCGGGCAUAUUCAGUUGGGAGAUACGCGAGAAGUUGAUCAAGGAGGGCUUCACCGAUCCGCCAUCCACAUCGUCCAUCAGUCGUCUAUUGCGAGGUAAUGAUCGUACCAGUGAAGACGGACGCAAGGAUUAUAGUAUACACGGCAUUUUAGGUGGACGCGACUCAGAUAUCAGCGAUACCGAAUCGGAGCCUGGCAUACCGUUGAAACGUAAACAGCGUCGUUCGCGCACCACCUUUACGGCCGAACAGUUGGAGGCGCUCGAACGCGCCUUCACACGCACACAGUAUCCAGAUGUAUAUACACGCGAGGAACUCGCACAGACCACGGGCCUCACCGAAGCGCGCAUACAAGUGUGGUUUAGUAAUCGGCGCGCGCGUCUACGCAAACAUUCCGGCGGCUCCGGCACCGGACUCUCACCCAUGAAUGGGGGCGGCAGUGGCGCUGGUGUGCCGGGUGGCGUGGGCGGCGGUGCGGCUGGCACAGCGCCACUCGGUUUCGGGCCACUAGCCGCAGUCGGUUCCAUGGCGGGCUAUAGUCCCGCCGCUGCCAGUACAGCCAGCGCGGGCAUGAAUGAGAAUCAUGCGGCGCAUGCAGCGGCGGCUGCAGCUGCAGCAGCUGCGCAUCAUCCACAUCAUCAUACGCAGAUGGGCGGUUAUGAUUUGGUGGCGCAGUCUGCGCAACAUGGUUUCGCCAGCAGUUUUCAACAUGGACACUUCGGCGGACAAAAUUACUAUCAUCAAGAUUACUCCAAGCUCUCAAUCGAUGACUUCUCUAAGCUGACGCUAGAGAAUGCUUCGAAAAUUUCACCAUCACUCUCACAUCUAACCGGCGAAAACUACUCGAAACUGGACUCCACCACGAAUUGGUCACAAGCCGCUUACCAUCUGAAUCAGUCGGCAGCAGCGGCCGCCAAUUACAAUGCUGCCGCCGCUCAUCACGCGCAUGCGGCUGUCGCUCAACACACGCUCAAUGAUUAUGCGGCGGCAGGCGCUGCUGCAGCGGCGCACAACAAUCAGCUGAACAGCGCGGCAGCAGUCGCCGCGGCGGCUUAUAAUCAUCCGCUGCCCACGCAGGCGCAGGCAAAGUAUUGGUAGUGCAUUUGUGGCGGUGUAUAAUUGUAGUGGAAGGUAGUAGUUUUUGGAUGAUAAGCUGGAGGUUAACUGCAAGUUUUGGAAUGUAAAAUUUGGUGAAAUAUUUGUAUGUAAAAUUCAGGGUUUCUCACCAGCUUAGAAUGAUUUUUACGUUUCGUGCACCUCUAGCAUAUUUUUGGUGCUCACUUUAUGCCAUUGACAAAAAUUUCGUAAAAACUUAUUAGUUGAUUUGACAAGCUUAUAAGUAAAGUUUGAUUAAGAGGACGAUCUAAGAGGGAUCUCACUUACGCAGCUUAGAUAGUCGCACCGUCGUGGUAUCUAAAACUCUUAAAAAGUAGAUCAUAAGAGCCUUACAGUUCGACAAGGUGCUUUGAGUCCAUCAUAAAAUUCUUUAAACGCUUAAUGUCAGUUUCGGCUAUGUCUACUGGUUCUUCGAAGAUAAGACUGCCGAGAUGUUUCAGCCUCAGUCUUGCAAAGGCUGUACAAUAGACGUAAAAGUGCCGGGAUGUUUCCACCUCACCCUCCUUCAUACAACUUUGACAACUAGCGUCAGACAAGGUUUUAGGCUUCACCGCAUGAAUAUCUAUUGUCCAAUAAGAACUCCUACGAUAGCCGCAAGUUUAACUUUGCUCUGGACAAGUUAUUCAGUAGAUCACUUACAUUCUACGAGCUUGUAAGUUCAAUCGAUUUUGUUAGCUUCCUGUAGCUUUUUGAAUUUUCUUGUUACAAAGAGAUACUUUUGCUCUGACAGGACAUCAAAAUUCAUGAAGUAUUAUUGAAAUGAAGCCUCUUGCUCUGAAUAUCGUCGCAUAAGUUUACAGACCAAGGAAAAACGAUAUAAUAGAAACCAAUCAUAU